UAGGUUCUUCCACACACACACACAUAUAUAUAUACACACACUGAAAUACACACACAUACUCAUUCAAUUUCCUCUCCCACAACACUCGGGCAUCUCUCAAAAAUCCCUUUCUAUCAUUUGUUUCAGUUUCAUGGAAUUGGUAUUCAAAACAAACAAACCCAUCAAUGCUGCAUUUUUUUCAUUUCUUUCUUGUUUUUUCAGUUGAAGAAAAUAAAAAAAAUUAAUAAAUAAGCAGCCCAAAGAAAGGCGUGUGAUUAAGCCAAGAAAUCAGUUUCAUUGUUUGGAAGAAACUCGAACGUUUCCUUUGAAUGAAAUGAACCAUUAAAUUUCGUUUCUUGACCAUUUUCAUUUCGUGCCAAUUUAUUACCUCAUAAAAACAUCUCCAAUUCCCAUCUCUCUUGCGUUUUGUUUUGUUUUCUUUUGCCAAGAAAAAAAAGUAAAAAUCAGCUGCGGAAUCUUGCCUCUGAAUCCGGUUUUUCGCCCUAUUUUUUCAAGAUUAGGUUUUUUUUUUUCUCGGAGUGCUGUUUUUAUGUGCGGAGCUUCUCAUUUUGGUAAGUAGUUAGAAAUUAACUGAGGCUCGAGUUAGAAAUGCAACCGAGGGUCGGGAGUUUCGGUUCGUUAGAGGAAGGCAAAGAACCGAUGGUUAGAACAAUAAGCCAAUCGAACCGGCCUUUCCCGCUACGACUGCUUCAGUUUCUAUUGCUUCUGUUGGGAUUAGGGAUACUCUUCUCGUUUCUCAGUAUGUACGCGAGCCGUUUCCUUAAGGUGCAGAGCGAAAUUUCCGUCGUCCAAUCAAGAUUCCAACCGUGCAUUCAAGAUAAAAACACUAUAGCUAGUUGGAUCAAACCGCCCGCGAACAUUUUGCAUGAAAUGAACGACACCGAGUUAUUUUGGCGGGGUUCGUUUGUGCCGCAGAUUAAAGAGUACCCUUUUAAGAGAACACCGAAGAUCGCGUUCAUGUUCUUGACGCGGGGCCCGUUGCCUAUGGCGCCUCUGUGGGAGAGGUUCUUUAACGGGAAUGAGAAGCUUUAUUCGAUUUACGUUCACUCUUUACCGUCUUAUCAGCCGGAUUUUCCGUCUUCGUCGGUUUUUUACGGCAGGCAAAUUCCAAGCCAGGUUGCAGAGUGGGGAAUGAUGAGCAUGUGCGACGCAGAAAGACGCCUCCUAGCGAACGCACUCCUCGACAUCUCCAACGAAUUCUUCGUCUUAUUAUCCGAAGCAUGCAUACCUCUCCAAAACUUCAGCAUAAUCUACCGUUACAUUUCGAGAUCCCGUUACAGCUUCAUUGGCUCGUUCGACGAGGACGGGCCCUACGGGAGGGGCCGCUACGACGAACGCAUGUCACCCACCGUCAAUCUGACAGACUGGCGAAAAGGGUCGCAGUGGUUCGAAAUCAACCGAAAACUGGCUGUCGACAUUGUUCGCGACAGCCUUUACUACCCGAAAUUCGAGCAGUUCUGUAGACCAGCUUGCUAUGUGGACGAGCACUAUUUCCCGACUAUGCUGAGUAUUGAGUCGCCUGAGUUGUUGGCCAAUCGGACGCUGACGUGGGUUGACUGGUCAAGAGGUGGGGCCCACCCUGCUACUUUCGGUAAGGGCGAUAUAAAUGAGGAGUUUUUUAAGAGGAUCUUUAACAGUGGGGAGUGUUUUUACAACAAUCAGCCUACUUCUCUUUGCUACAUGUUUGCUAGGAAGUUUGCUCCUAAUGCUUUGGAUCAUUUGUUGGAAUAUUCUUCCAAAUUCUUCGGCUUUUGACUCGAGAUUUUAAUUACCGUUUUUUUUUUUUUGGUUACGAGAAUUUAAGAUAGGCGUAGGAUGUACGCGCAUUGCGUAUGUCGUAUAGCACAGAGUUUUCGAGUAUUAGAUUUUCGUGUAAUAGAACAGUGUUUUGAUCUUUCUCUUAUUGUAAUGAUGCCAUAAUUUUAGUAAAUGAGAAAUAUUGAGAUUGUUUUCUUAU